GUGUUUUCUGCGAGGAUCGCUAACAAGCUCCCCACCCCGGUGUUUGUGGAAUAGCUAGCUUGUGCCGUUUCACCGAUCGCCGAAGGUAGCAAUGAAUCCCGGCAAGCUGACGCAUAAGGCCGACGAGGCGCUCUCGGCGGCGUACGAGAUGGCGUCCGAGGCCAGCCACCAGCAGUUCGGCCCGCUGCUUCUCGCCGCGGCGCUGGCGGCGGACAGGUCCGGCAUCCUCCGCCAGGCCAUCGCCGACGCAUCCGGCGGCAACGAGGACGCCGCCGACUCCUUCGAGCGCGUCGUGACCGCCGCCAUGGAGGGGCUGCCGUCGCAGCCGGAGCGGACGGACACCGUCCCGCUGUCCCCCGCGCUCGCCAGGGUCCUCCGCCACGCCCAGUCCGCGCAGAAGGCCCGCCGGGACUUCUACCUUUCCGCCGACGUGCUGCUCGUCUGACUCCUCGAGGAGCCCUAGAUCUCCGACGCGCUCACGGAGG